AUGGAUCAAGAAUGUGUGACUAACUGUUUUGAACCUUGUUAUUUUUUUAAUAAUGAGAAUGUUCCAUUACGCAUCUGGAAUAAUAAAACGUGGCACAUAAUCGCUGAAGCGAAAGUUGAUUUUCAAAGAGAUGUAUUUCAAAAAGUUAUUGAACGCUGGACAAAAGAAGUUCAUUUGAUAAUUCCGCCCAUAGAGUAUGCUGAAAUAAUUAAUGACACUGGUUUAGAAAGUAGCGAUACAGAGUGCAAAGAAUUGCAUGAAGAAUCUUUAAUCAUCAAGCCUACAAGAACAAUUCUUAGAAGGUUGAUCCCAAAAAGAAAAGAUAAAGAUGAUGAAUUAGAAGAAUUGAUAGAAUAUUAUGAAUGCAUUAGUGAAAGUCGUGUAGUUUACUCUCCGAUUAUAAAAAGUUCACAAGAGUCUGCAGAAGUCAAUAUUCCAUUUUAUUAUCCGAAGGUGUCAUGCCUUAGCUAUGUUUAUUCAGAAUAUAAGAGAGUUUACAAUACAGAUACGGCAGAUUACAAUGGUAUAGAUGAUAAUGAUUAUCAAUCUUGGAUAUAUAUAGAGAUUGUUCCUUUAACAUCAUUUAGUAAUAUGCUUCAUACCACUGACAAAAUGAAAUAUGCAUACACGCAAUUAUUUAAAAAACUAUUCAAAUGGUGUCAUAAUACAUCUAUUGGCUACCAAAAACGGGUUCAUCACGAUUUACUGGUGCCAAAAGAUUUAUACAUGCAAACGUAUCAAUAUUUAAAAGGAAAAUAUGCUAAAGAAUUAGUCAGAAAUUGGACGGAGAAAACAGAUCCAGCAAAAUUUGUAUUUGAAGACAUUGCGAUUGCGAGUUGGUUAAUUUCAUUAUGGAAGUUAGAAAGAGAAGAAAAUUUUCAAACAAGGUUACAGUCAUUUGUUGAUUUAGGAUGUGGAAAUGGUUUAUUAACCUUUCUGCUUACUUCUGAGGGACAUGAAGGAGUUGGUAUUGAUGUGAGAAAAAGAAAAAUCUGGGAUGUGUUUCAAAAUAAAGGAGCUAAAUUGAUAGUUGAAACAUUGCAGCCAAAUGUUGUAACUUAUCCGGAUGUAGAUUGGAUAAUUGGAAACCAUGCUGAUGAACUUGUUCCUUGGAUACCAAUAAUUGCUGCACGAUCUUCUGAUAAUGCAAAUUUUAUGGUAAUUCCGUGUUGUUUUUUUGCACUUUCUGGAUCAAAGUAUACUUUUGAAAAACAGAUAAUUUCUAGUGGAAAGUAUAAAGCGUAUCAAGAAUAUAUUCAUGAAAUAAUUUAUAAAUGUGGAUUUAUUGUUGAAUAUGAUUGGUUACGAAUACCUAGCACAAAAAAUGUUGCUAUGGUAGGUAGGAAGAGAAAAAGUAAUAACCAAGAUCAAAUAGAUGAAUUAUUGCAAAGUAUUGGCUCUGGUAUAAUGCUAAGAUUAGAUUUAUAA